AUGGGACAGAUGAACAUCGUGCCUGUGCUGGGUGAGUCUUUCAACCAGGUUUUCCCUUGCAUGAUCGCUUUGCUGUGCUGCUGCAACGUCUUCAACGUAUACUCUCGCUGUUUGCAGUUCUUCACCUUGGGGGUGAUGGAGUUUGAGUUGGGGGAGGGCUCAAAUGGAGACGAUCCGUACUUGCCUCGGUUUGGGAGGGCCAUACAUGAUCUAGUUCCAAAGGAGGGUCAGUGCCCGGAUGCGUUGUUUUGCAACCAGUUGCGGGAAGCUGUCUAUGGUUGGCUUCCAAUGUUCGCCUGA